AUGGACAUGCUGCAAGGUAUGUUGUGAUGCACCAUUACUAAUCUAUCCACUGCUUGUUCUCUACACUUAAGAUUUUUGUUGUGAUAUGGAGACUGUUUUAUUGCUUGAAAAAAGCUCAAUACCACAAUUCCACAAACCCCCAUAUCCCCCUCUAAAAAAUUAAAGUCUUCUCAAUGUUACACAUUUUCUUCUGCAGAGUUUGGGAGUCUUACCACAUCUCAACUGAUGGAAAAAGUUCGGGGUCUUCAAAAUCUUGCUUUUCAACUUGGGUUAGAUGAAGGUACGAGUUUAGGCUGUAUAAUUUAUACCACGUGUCCCAGAUUUCACUGAUAAAUCAGGAAAUUCUAGAGUCUGUUGCAGAUGCCAUUUGAUUUAUGACUGGAAAGAGAAGAGUUAAGUUGUUCUAGGUUUGGGACCAAGAAAAGAUGUUCGCCCAUUGUACCCUGACAUUCCUGACAUGUCGGAAUGAUAGCCCAACAUCACAGAAAUCCAGGACGCUUUGAGAAAAAGAAAUACUCCAGAUUCACCCAAUAAGUAUCGGAAAACGUGAAGAUCCCCGAUAAUUUGGCAUUUUAGACCUUUUGCAGUAGUGUGUGACUAAAGGAGACAGGUCCCAUGGUCAUUAGCCUGCGAAAACAUCCUUUUCUCCUCGCUCUCCGCCGCUGUGGACGUUUUGCCGCGAAACGUUGCCAGCGGCGAAGAGCGAGGAGAAACGGAUGUUUUUGCAGGCUAUAUGGUCAUACAAGAAAAGAAUUUAUAGAUGAUUACUAAUGAUUUCAUCUCUUUACAUGUAAAAUAUAAUCACCGUCACUUCCAUUAUUACCAAAGGAUUAUCACCAAAGGUUUUUUAUUAAAAUUUUUAUUUCUGGUAUCAAUUUUUUUUUUAGCGCGGGAAAUGACAAGAGGGAAGUUUUUAAACAUUCUGGAGAAGGCUAACUCUGGACGAAGAUAAGAUAUGGCAUAAUGUGCAGUUGUAGAUAAAAUUACUAAAAUUUGUAUAAAAGUUGUGUAAAAUUUUAGUAGAAUGUUACUUUUCUUCUGGUUGUUAUGGUAAAAAAUGGAAUUCACAUCAUAGGAUAAACCCUGUCUUUUUCCCACACUCGGGGAAAAAUAAUUAUUUGGCUUAAAAUGUAGAGAGUUCUGUCUGGCUAUAUUAUUGUUUUAUAUCGAACUUUGGGGUAAGAGUUUUCAAAACAAUAUGAGGAUUGUUUGACUCUUUGUUGUUCAGUGCUAUGUUAACUUAAAGACAGGGAAGUUCUGUUCUCAUUCUCACUUUGAGUGUGGCAUUUCUUAACUAAUGAUUAUUGAUGUAUUUUUUUGUCACGCUGACAUCUUCUGUUUUAUCUAUUAUCUAUUAUUUGAAAGCAAUAAAAUGCUUUAAAUCUGUUUCAAGUCUGUUUAAUCCACAGGGCACGCUCUUUCUAGUGCCAAAAAUUAUAUGUAAAUAUAUAGUGCUACACUGUCAAAUUGCAUAUGUUGACAAAAAAAAUAAAGUAAGCAGAAGGCUGGAG